UACAAAUAUCUCUCGACUUUGUUUAUACUCUCAUCUCUCCGGCAGCUCGCCACAAGAGACGCAGUCUAAUUUUGCUCAUCGCGUCUCGAACGUCACGCAGUAAUACACACACACGCGCACACAGAGCAACGACAACCACGAAAAUCCACAUAAAAAAUAAGACGAUGCCGUACGUGUUUAGCAUCUACGAGGCAGCGCUCUUCGUCCGCGAGAUGAUACAACGGCGCUACUUCUUCGGCUCCGUCGUCUUCGAUGGCGAGACCCCGAAGCAACGCUUCUGCCUGGUCAAUCUCGAGCAGGGCCUCGAGUUUCGCCGAGGAGGAAAAGGAGGAGGAGGAGGACAGUCGGGCGGCGUGUUCGCCCAGCAGCGCCUCGUCUCGCCACCCAAACUGCUCCGCAUCACGGUGGUCUGGCAGCACGAGGAGCCGCUCGAGCGCGACUACUACGUCGUCUAUCAGGAGCUACCACCUCAGCAGUCACCGGAGGGGGUCGAUGACGAGCCGACGCCGCUCGGGCGGCAAUUACACUGGCUGCGCUGCGGCCUCGGGGCGCACCUCGUGCUCUGCGACCUGAUACCGCUGGCCCGGCGCGAGUUCAUGCCGCAGCUCCUGAUGAGGGACGACGCGAGGGGCUGCGUCGCUUACGAGGACGUGCGACAGCGCGGCUACCGCGAGAUCGCCCCUUGGGAGCUCGGCGUGGAGCACCUCAAGGCCCUGGCAAGGGCGCUGGCGCGACUCCACGCCUCCGCCUGUCUGACGGACGCCCGGCAGCGGCUGACCGCGGGGACGACGCUGCGAGACAAGCACGCCCACCUGUGGCGCGGCAGGCCCUUCUCGCCCGGUACCCACGAGUCGAAUUUCUACGAGAAGACGAUCGGCCUCGUGGAGACGAUAGCGGAGCGUCUGACGGGUCACCCGAGGCCGGAGGUGAGGGAGGCCCUGCAGCUGGGCUGCUUCAUCGUGGACAUGUGGCAGGUGCACGAGAGCCGAGUGCCCGGCGCCAAUCGCAAGAGACUGCCCGAGGUGCUGAGCGUCGGGCCCAACUGGCUGCGCCAUCUGCUCUUCGACGCCUCGCGGCCGACCAACUGCCUGCUGGACUUCACGAAUCGCUUCUAUUACGCGCCGCGCAGCCUCGACCUCGUCAACUUUCUCCACGCGAAUCUGCCGGGCGCCGAGCGCCGACGCAUCGCCCCCCACCUGCUGGCCGUCUACUGCAAGGAGUACAACGAGUGCCUGGAGUGGGCCCGCGAGGCCUUGGCCUGGAUGCGGCUGCCAGUCGACGAUCUGGUCGAGCCGCUGGAACCGAGCGACCUGGUCGCCGAGUACGAGGCGCUGAGACUGCCCGGCCUGUUCUUCGCUCUCGCCGCGGUGCCCUACGCGGCGAUCGGCUCGCGAAUGGAGAGCCGACCCGAGGUCGAGAUCGAGCACGACUUUCACCGCAAGUACUUCGUGAGCAACGAGGGCCUGAUGGAGCUGUACGAGGAGGACGCGGAUUACAGGGCGAGGAUCGACGAGCUCGUACGGGAGCUGCUGGAUUACGUAGACAAGCACGAUCUGACGCCGGAGUUUCGCGCGGACGAUCUUAGCGUAAGAAAUGACGAUGAACGUACAACGUCUGAAUGCUGCAUGAAUAUGUAUUUUGAUUAAUCAUUGAAAUCGUGAAUUUUGAUUGUUGAAAAUUACUGUACAAGGUUUCUCGUGUAGAGUAUAUUUUUGUUAUAUGAUUUAAAAUAGAAUAAUUCAAUAGCCUGUUGUAUGGUUUUUGUAAAUUUGUUAGUAUUUGUAAUCAUUAUUAUGAUUCAAGAAGAUAUUCUUUGAAAAGAUGGCACCGUCCAAACUUUACACCUCAGAACUGUAUAGUAUAUGGGCUAAAUCGCGUCAACUGUCC